GGCACGAGCGCUUCUCUAGUUAUUUUUUUGCGAGAUGAGACCGACCGCUUCCGUCUCUCCCCCGCCCCCCAGGUUAUGUCCGCGAUAAGUUCAAUAUUUAUAUUCUGGCACCGCCGACCCGGCAUACGGAUAAAUAUAUUCCUGACACCCAGUCAGGAGGGGCGAAGUUCUUCCUUCAGCCCUAGCCAACCACGCCAUUUCGGAAUGGAGGGACACAGCAAGUGAGCAUCUACCAGGACGACACGGUGAGUCUUCUUAAUGUUACAUUAUUACACUGGUUGGAGUAUUGAAUGCAGACUUACUAAAUUCUCGAGAAGCCAAGCCCAGCUAGCUCAGCCAUGAGUUCCUUCACCAGUUCGUUGACACAUAUUUUAUUUUGCAUUUAUAGAGACGAAUGCUUAUUAACAAUCCCUUUCCUAUAACAGAGUUUGCUCACACUUACGGUCCCAGUCUUUUGGUUGCUGGUAUUACGUCCGCUACAAUGGUCCGGGAGAGAAAGCGCGGGACCAAGGAAUUGAUACAAGAGAUCCGCCGCGUUGGAGAGAAACUUGGACCAGACAGUUGCAUUGAAUCGGGCACUUGCCACAUUGAAGAGAAACCCAAGUCGGUCUCCGAUGACGCGAAGGACACGAAGUCAAUGAUUCCAAUAAACGGACAUCAUGUCGCGAGUGUGCUGGGUGAAAACGAAAAGUUGAUGGAGUGCCUCCACUCCGUCCUUAAAGAUUCCAAACUCUUCAAUGAUCUGAAGCGAAUAGACGGACGUCAACUCAUGAAUGCGCUAGGUGAAAACAUAAAGCCAAUGAGGGAGUGCCCCCACAUACCUGUGCAACACAUACGGUCUGGUGGUGAAAGUAAGGAUUACAGUUCCGUUAAGAAGGCUUGAGGGGGCCAGUAAGCCUUCUUAAAAGUAAGAGACACAAUCCCUAUCCUUGAUAGGGUGUAUAGCUUGAUUUUGAAAGCUCUCUUUAGUUUGGGCUAUCAGGAUGGC